AUGACAGAGGAAAGCGUGGAGGGAGGAGAAUAUGAUGUGGACAUCGGGUUUACCAUUCAUCUGAGUGUGAAGCUCACGUACGACAGCAUGAACAACGAGUUGGGACGAGACCUGCACGUGCUGGUCAUGCAUCUCGACACUCGCUGCCCCUGCAGGUCCUCCAAGGAAGGAGGUCUCGCGCAAGAGCUCAGAAGCUUGGAAGCGUUUCGAGGCGCCCUGUCACAGCUGAAAGAGAGCGAUGACUCCGUCAAAGUGAGCCUCGCUCAGAUCAGAUGCAACUGUUUCGUCAAGGACUGCUGCUGGGAUUCGCUGCAUGACAACGGGCAAAACUUAGCUCCGCUGUUCAGGUUGGGAUCAGUUUUGCUUGCCCUCAAUAACCUGCAGCAUGAAGAUGUGCUUGAUGAAACCAACAGAAACUCCACACCAUCUUUGAUGGUUCAAAGAAAAGGCUGUUCGAAAAGCGUGGAUCUUGUCGAUGGGGCUGAACUAGAGCUAUGCAUGUAUGAAAGUGAUGUUUGGAAAAGGGUGCGUGUAGAAGGCGUUAUGAAGAAUCCGGACGGAAGUUUCAAUUUCUUUGCUGACGAAGGCUCUGUGAAGCAAGAGCAUCGCAUGGUGGAUUUGAAGCGGGUGUCAGGCAAGUCUUCCUACAGGAUGGCAGCAACAGACAAGAGCAACUCCAAGCCACAGCGAGGAGCUCUUGUGUCGGUACGAUGGAAGUACAGUCUGGGCGCACGGGUGAGAAAGCUGGCUGGCGAGGUAGUCUUGUGUGGAAAGAUUGUCAACAUCUUGAGAGUGAAGAGAUCUCAAAGCUUGAAGUAUGAAGUGAGGUAUGAGUCCGGUGAGCAGGAAGUGGUGUCCUUUCCACAUAAAUGCUUCGAGUGUGUAGAAGAAUCCAGAGGGUGCACGUUCGUAAGGGAUGCGUUUGUGGUGGGCAUGGAGGACCAGCACGUUCUUGUGAGAUAUGCUUCGACAACCCUGGUGGAGCGACUGCUGCUCUCUGAGGUCCUGGGAGUUCGCGAGAGUAUUCAGAUGCCGAUCCAUGUGCUUCCUGACGAUGUUCUUGUGGUGCUGCUCGAUCAGCUCGACCCCUUAGAGGAGCUGAGCGUUGCGGCGAUGACAUGCCGAUCGCUCAACAAUGCUGUACAGAACAUGAUCCCUGGACUCAAGCUCACUCUCUAUGGCCAUCAGCGACGAGCAGUUGCAUGGAUGCUGAGGAGAGAGACUCGACCUGAGAGAAUUUCAAACCCGAGCGUCGAAGAGUUCUGCUCCAAGAAGGGAAAAGAUUUCUACAUCAACCUCUGCAAGGGAGUGUCGCUGUCCUUUGAGGCUGAGAAGGAGGUGGAGGACGUGCGAGGAGGCUUUCUCUGUGACGAACCUGGCAUGGGGAAGACCAUCACUGUGCUCGCGCUGAUCUUGAAGUCUCGCAGCAUGAGAGGAUGGAAUUUCUUGAACGCAGAUGAGAGCGACAGAAGUAGCUCAGAAAGUCUCGGCAUAUCGCCUGGGAGGUUGACAAGGUUGUCAGCUCAGGCCCUGUCGCCUACCAAGGGUGUGGUCAAGUUUCCUUCUCGCGCAACUCUCAUCGUCGUUCCUGGCACGCUGCUCCACCAUUGGACGUACCAGAUCAGUGCUCACACUAAGAGAGGCACCCUUCGGCUCCAUACUGUGUCCAAGUCGUCUGAGAUCCUCUCGGCCAAGGACAUGUCGCGACUAGAUGUCGUUCUCACCACCUUCGAUGUGCUGAGCAAGCAGUGGAGUCUGGGGAGCCCAGUCCUUGGUUCACAUAGAUGGUAUCAGCAGCAGCGAGUCCAGUCCCUCAAGCAGGGCAGGUAUGUGCACGAUUAUGUGGGGAUCGCAGACUUCAAGAGGAAGGUGGAAAGUGCUCAGGAGGAGACGAGGAAUGGGAGUGAGUUUCUCAAGGUCAAGUGGAGGAGGAUCAUCCUCGAUGAAGGUCAUGUUAUGGGAGGAACCAACGAGACUAAUCGUGCCAUGAUGUGCUCCAACAUCGAUGCUUCUUGUCGAUGGAUCUGCACGGGGACUCCGACGCCCAACAACCCUGGGUCUGAGCUGAUGCACCUCUACGGCCUCAUGUGCUUCCUCCGCUCCAAGCCCUUCGCCAACUUUGACGUGUGGCGCCAGCAGGUGGUCCUGCCCUUCGAGUCCUUCGACUGCUCAGCUUGGGUGCGGCUGCACGCGAUGCUGUCGAGGAGCAUGUUUCGAUCGCUCAAGGCUGACAUGGAGAGGUUGGGGGAAAUUCCUGCCUGCAAGGUAGAGACGACGCACAUCCGGUUGUCACGAGGAGAGCAGGAGGCAUACAACGGGCUUGUCUCCAUCAUCCGCAGAAAUUUGAUUCUCGCUGAGUGCGAUGACAUCCGGAUCGACUCUCUGCUGCACAGCAAGAACAGGAAGUACGCGCUGGAGGCGAUCAGCAACAUGAGGAAAGCGUGUUGCGUGACGGGGCAGUUCAAGAUCGCGAUCGUGAAGGCUCACCUGGACGAGUCUGUCGAGGUGAUGCGCAGGGGACACUCGUUGCAGGACAAGGGCUGCGACUGCCCUGGUGAAUAUUUCGACAUGAACUCUUCCAAGAUGGUGGACUGCAGCGACAGAGGAGGAAAUUGCCCGCUGCUAGCUGACACGUCUUGUGUGGUGCCAGAGAGGAGGAUCAUGAACGUGCAGCACGCGUUUGUGCCUGAAAGUUUCUCUGCUGGAAGAACUUCUUUGGUGGACCAGCAUUGCUGCGUGUGCGACAAGUGCAACAAGAGCUCCAUCUUCCCUUUCAUCUCUCCCUGCGGUCAUCUCAUCUGUCUGAACUGUGUGGACGCAACUGCGAUGCGCGUCUGCCCCAUUUGUGCUCGCAGUUUCUCCCUCCGUAGCUUCGCUGACUUCCAGCCGUCAGUGGAGCAGUCGAACAUGACAUGGAACCCCUCCUGGAUCGACGACUUGUCCUCCAAGGUCGCUCUCCUCCUCGUUCGCCUGCGGCACUUCGGGUUCCUCCAGGUCCACAAGUCCCAAGAGAUCUGGUGGCACAACAAAGUCCUGCGCCUCGCCAAACAGACGCGCAAGCACGAGAGCAAGAGCCCGCCGCAGCGACACCCGGCCGGCAAGUGCAUCGUGUACUCAAACUUCAUCGAGACCAUCGACAACGUGGCGAACUCGAUCUCCGAGGCCAUGGGCGGGGGCGGCAACUACAUGCGCUUCACCGCCAACCUCAAGCGAGGAAUGCUGGAGCGCAACGAUGCCAUCCAGCAGUUCCGAGACAACCCAGACAUUCAGAUCAUCCUCAUCGACAGCGCGGGAGCUCUUGGCCUCGACCUCAGCUUCGUGACGCACGUGUACCUGCUCGACCCGAUCUGGGACAAGAGCCAGGAGGAUCAAGUGAUCAGUCGCGCCCACCGACUAGGUGCCAAGAGCUCGAUCACGGUCGAGAAGUUCAUCGCGACGGGGACGGUGGAGGAGAUCAUGGAGUUGUGGAUGAAGGAAAAAACGCUCAGCAACGCGAGCAAGUCGGGCGAGAAACAUGAGGAGACGGGCCGGAAACGAGUCCGCAACGAGGAGCAGAGGAAGGCAACUGAAGACAAGAAGAUCAGAUGGAUCCUGACCAACGUCAAGCUGCUUCCCGAGGACCAAGACUCCAGCAUGGAAGCGAGCUUAGAGGCUGCAGCCAUGUCGGCCAGGCAUAUCUUCGCUACGGAAGAUGCCGAGGAGGCUGAGAUGAACGAAGCUGUGGAGGAGGAGGAAGUCCUUUCUGACUUGGAAUCCGAGGGUGAGGAGGAAGCCCUUUCGCGCCGUGACUUCAUCCCCGCUGAUGCGGGGAGCUCGAGGCCGGGGUAUGUGUUCAGGCCGGGAGAGCUCGGGUUGGGCUACUAUCGUGAUCUGGUCGAAGCCGGGCCCGCCGGGUCCGACGGCGAGUCAUCUAGCAGAGGCGGCAAGCGAGUUCGGUUCGCAGAGAUGUGA